UUGUUGUCAGUUGAUUCUUCCUCCAGGCAUGGAUCAAAGUUUGAGAACAGCUGCUCGUGUAGGAAAUGUUAGUGAAUUGUAUACAUUAAUUCACAGGAACGGAAAUGUUUUGAGGCGCCUCGACGAGGUUGAGUUCAUCGAGACGCCUUUACACAUAGCUGCAGAAGAGGGGUGCCUCGGUUUUGCGAUGGAGAUUAUGAGCUUAAAGCCAUCCUUUUCUAGGAAGCUAAACCAACAAGGUCUGAGCCCCAUGCAUCUCGCCGUCGAGAGAGGGCAUAAGGAGAUGGCGCUACGUAUCUUGGAAAUCGAUUCCGGUCUUGCUCGAAUCAAAGGGAAGAAUGGUGAGACUCCUCUGCACUACAUUAAUAAAUUUGGAAACUGUGAUGAUCUGUUGCAUAAAAUGUUGGAGGCUUCCCCUGAUUGUAUCCGAGAUGUUACAAAUCAAAACCGCACUGCUUUGCAUAUGGCAGUGGAAAACAAAAGACUAGACGUCCUCCAAGUACUAAUUGGAGCGCUUAGGAGGAAAGACUAUUACAGAGAAACGGUGAACCGAAAGGACGAAGAGGGUAACACCGCGCUGCACUUAGCUGCAAGAAAUAAUCAACUUGAGAUGGUGAAGCUGCUAUUAAACUGCAAAGCAGAUAGGCAAGCCAAGAAUCAGCAUGGUUUGACAGCGUUGGAGGUUGCAGAACAACAUAAUAGCAGAGAAAGCGUCAUUGUUCUACGUGGUUUAUGUAUUCCAAUAGUGUCAAACUUUUCUCAUCAGUUUGAUAAUCAAAUCAUCAAAUACGUGACGAAAGCAUCAUCGUUAAUUUUUCACGAUAUGGAGAAUAUAUCAGAGCAGGACCGCAAUACUUUGCUAGUAAUUCUGGGACUCCUGCUGACUGCUACCUACCAAACAAGUCUCAGCCCACCAGGAGGCGUUUGGCAGGCCGACUGUUCUUCGAGCUCCCCUGGUUCGAAACUUAUCGAAAGAAGGGAAUCGCCAGGGAGUAUAGGGACAGCAGUGAUGGAUCAAUACUAUUUCCUUCUGUUCUACAGUCUAACCUACGUCGUCUUCAUCGCAGCCUUUUUCCUAACACUAGCCCUGCUUAAACCCUUCCCGCUUGGUAUCAGAACAGCACUUCAAUUACUUCUCGCGUUUCUCGCACUCUGCUUCGACCAAUCGGUAUCUACCAUAGCACCAACCUUUUCGAUAGCUAUAACUCUACGUACAUUUUCGACGGUCAUUUUCGUUUUCAUGGUGUUCAUGUGUAUAUCAUACAAGGUGUCAAAACUCAGUGUCUCGAUCGUCGGAUGUUGGAUAUUCCCUUCGUUUUCGCUUUCCAUUCUCGCCGGAGGUGUAGUUAUAGGUGUAAUUCAAGGAUUUUUUAUAUUCCUUGUCCUAUAUGAUGAGCUCUGGAAAGGAACCUUGUUAGUUGUAGGUUACAAUCUAUUUGUUAGUGGGGGUUAUAGGAGUGGUUAUGGCUGGAAAUACCCUACAGCAUUCGUAGCAUGCUGGCUAUUACUUAAUAUAUGUCGAUUUUGCAUAAAGCGUUGUAUUAAAUGUUGUAAAGAUUUUCAAUUUAAUUUUAAUUCGAUCGGUAUGGUUGCUAUUACAACAUUUAGGAGAACGUGGAUCCAAACACGUUUUAAGUUGGAAUAUCCUUCGAUUUAA